AUGGGUAUCUUUAAGUUUUUGGCUCUGUGUCUUUUGUGCACUUUUGUGGUGUCUAUUGAUCCUGAGUUAAAAUGCUAUGGAGCCGAUUGUGAUGAACCAAAUUAUAUGGAUGAUACCGAACAAUGCUCUGGACUUGAAUGUGAAUCGAAAGAGACUCUUCUUGCCAUGAUCAGUCAUUACCAGAAAGAGAAACAUGAAGAGUAUUUGGCACCACUCCACAAGCCGAUUAGAGACGAAUCUACCGUCCGUCAUUUCCUGAACGAGAUUAGCACCGGAUCAGUCAACUCUCAGGAACUCGCUGCUACAAUCUCACCACAAUGUAACAUUUGCAGUCAACCUGGGCUUUGUAACAGCGGACAAUGCGUUCCAGAUCAAUUUUUCCCGUGGCAAUACUUCUAUUGUGUCUGCCCUGACAACGCUUCCGGAAGAUUCUGCCAAAACGUAAUCGCUUGCAAAGCCAACACUUGCGGAAAGAACGCCGACUGCUACGUGGCAAACCAUCAACUCAACUGCAUCUGUAAACCAGGAUACACUGCCAGAAAGAAUGGAAGAGAUUGUGACAUGAAGGUUCAACAAGCUUGUAUGAGUGGAGAUCCUCACUACGUUACUUACGAUGGUCUUCGUUUCGAUUACCAAGGAACUUGUCCAUACGUUUUCUCUCAGCCAUGCACUACUCUUCCAGCUCCGUAUGGAUGGUUCUCGGUCAGAGCAAAGAACGAGUUGCCAGGAAAGGGAUACCACAUUUCACAAGUUUCUGAAGUUGAAGUUGAUCUUCACAACUUGACGAUUCAUGUUGAUGGGCGUUCGAAGACAGCUCUUGUGAACGGAGUUCAAACUCUGAUUCCAUGGUACUAUCCAAACAUGGCUGCCUGGACUGUCCGUAUCCGUAAAUCCGGAUCUACCUUCUAUAUUGAGAACGAACAAGGAAUCUCUGUCGCCUUCUCCACCUACAAUUCUCUCUGUGUCACUGUCCCAGAUAUCCCAGAAUUCAAUGGACCAUCCGCUCUUUGCGGAUUGGCAGGAAAUAUUGAUGGAAAGAAGUUGGAUGACGUCGUGAACAGAAAUGGAACCGUUUUGAACAUCAAAUCUAGCCGUCAACCAGAAAACAACAACCACGCGGAUUUCAUGAAGACUGAGGAUUCGUGGAUCACCGAUAAGUUCCUAAUCCUUCGUCCCGGACAAGAGGCUUGUGUCAACGGCCAAUUACUCGACAAUAACACAAAUUGCGUCAGUACUAGUAUCAUUCUAGAUCAGAGUUGCGCGGAUGUCGAAACUGCAGCCCAAACUUGUUAUUCAAUCCAACAAGCUGAGCUCGGACAAGGACCAUUCGGAGCUUGCCAAGCUCUUGGAAAUGAUACUCUAGAGGAUUUCUACUACAACUGCGUCUAUGAUAUUUGCCGUAAUCCAGCAUACAAAUGCACAGAACUCUCUUACUUCUAUCAGUACUGCCAAAUUGCUAUUCCACAACAGCAGAUGAAUCAGAACUGGAGAACUCAAGUUGGUUGCCCAUUGGCCUGUCCAUUGAAUUCCCAUCCAUCAGUCUGCACUUCCUCUUGCCCAUCUACAUGUGCCGAGCCUUUCCCAGAGAUCUGCGACCAGGGAUGUGUUGAUGGUUGUGAAUGUGAUCCAGGAUACGUGAUAGAUAACACUGUCACCGGAUCCAUGAAAUGUAUCAGACUUGACCAAUGUGGAUGCCUCGACUCUGAUGGAAACGCUCACAGAGCAGGAAGACCAUGGGUCUCCCAAAACUGUACAAUCUAUCAGGAGUGCCGAAACGGAUCUUUGUGGAGUGAUUACAGACCAUGCUCCGAGGAUGCAACCUGCUUCACUAAUUAUGCUGGAAUGCAAUGCAAAUGCAACUCGGGAUUCAGAGGAGACGGAUACAAUUGCACGGACAUCAACGAAUGUGUGGAGACUCCCGGAAUCUGUGGGCAUGGGCAGUGCAUCAACACUCCAGGAUCUUACAACUGCAUCUGUGAUGAUUUCUGGCUUGGUACCAACUGCAACUCCUACAAACCACGUCGUCAUUGUGCCGAUUUGAGUGUCUACUGGGGAAUCAAACAAUCCGGUGUCUAUUCCAUCAACCCACCUUUCCUUCUUCCACAACGUGCGAAAUUCGCCCCAAUGGAUGUCUAUUGUGACAUGACUACAAACGGAGGAGGAUAUACUCUAAUGUCUUCUGACACUGGAGAUAUCAACACUAACAAGACAUUCCAAGACUACUUGAUUGGUUUCGGAACUCCAGCCAAGCAGUCUGUCUGGAUCGGACUCGAAUUCAUCUACCAAUUGACUAACUAUCAACCACACACUCUUCGUCUAAACUUGUUCCGAUGCGCUAGCAAUGGUCGUCCAGCACUCAACACAGACUGUACCUAUCCAACAUUCUCCAUCAACAAUUCAACCACUCAAUACUCUGUUGUCAUCCGCGAGGCUUGUACUGGAACUGAAGCUGACGCUCAUUACUAUCAGGAUGGAUGGGCAAGAUGGGAUUUGAGCAAGGAUGGACCAAAGUUCUCCACUUUUGACAUCGAAGCAGAAACUACUAUUCCACCAGCAUUGGCUGACAAGGUUGAAGAUGGAGCCAUCUACUACACUUGCUCCAAGACUAACUUCAACACUGGAUGGUGGUACGUCGAGGAUCAACUUUGUGGAGCUGCUAACUUGAAUGGAGUCCGUUACACUUGUCCAAAUAUUCCAGUUGAGAGUGAAAGAUAUUUGAGAUGGGCUGAGGGAACCAUCGCACAAUCGUCGAUGUACUUGCGUCCAGUUGGAUAUCCAAGAUAUGACACUCUAUAA